AUGCAACGAGAAAACGAUACGAUCCGACAGGAAGGGCCGCAGGAGCACCAGGAAGGGCCUCAGGAGCACCAGCGAGUGUCCCGUUCGGCGUCCACGUCGGCCAGCUCGAGCCUCGGCUCGGAGAAGCAGCAUCGGCCGACGAGGUCCCAGAGCCAGAAGGAGCCGGCAAGCCUCCCGCCGCACUACUAUUUUGGGUGCAAUCCGCUGGGGGAAGAGGAGGGGAGGAGGACCGGAUCGACUUCGCUCAAAUAUCGAAACUGCAGGACCAUUUCGGAUUUGAGCGAGAAUUUGAGUCUGAAUCCGAAUAUCACUCUGCCGACGCCGCCGACACCGAUUCCAGAUUAUUCGGACUCGUCUGACGACGACAGCAUUCCGUCAGACAUCUUGGAGGAGGACAAAAUGACUUUGAAGGAGGGGAAAUCGGGGGAGAAGGCGGAGGAGAAGGAGGCGAAGGCAGGAGAGAAGCCUCUGCCGCCGCCGUCGCCGUUCUCGGAUCGGGAGUCGGUCUACUCGCAGGAUUCUCUCGAACGCAAGAACCAGGAGUCGACACUCGAGGUCUCUAAAAUCGACAGGCAGCAGACGACGACCGACACCGAAGGCCCUCAGUCGACAUUGGCGACCGACACCGAGGGCCCGCAGUCGACCCUACAGAGCGAGACGGAAGAGCAGCAGUCGACCCUACGGAGCGAGAACACGGCUGACUCGGCCUGGUCCUCGGCCAGCUUCGACUACGUCGCGACCUCGAAGGAACUGCGCGAACGCUACCGCAAGUACGAGGCCGAGUUCCACUACGACGAGACCAAGUUCCACUACAACGACACGUUCUGCAGCCACAAGAACGGCCAACGCUACCGCCCCAAGGUCCUCGAGAACGGCGAGUGUUCCUCACUCAACUCUGUGGAUUCCGGCACUAAGACGAGCUUCUCCUCGGACAACAACUCCCCGGCCUCGUCUCCCAACGGGAGCGUGAUGAAGCCCCGCCACGCCCACACCUCCAGCGUCGACUCCAACUACAACUCGGACGAGGCCCUGAACCGCUUGAAACAGGGCUGGAAGAGCGAGUACAACCUCAUCCGCCGGCUGCUUCAAGAGGGGAAAAUCGAGGGACUCCACGAGCAUCCGCCGCCGUUCGUCCCGCCUCCCCCGCCCGCGGGGACGUCUCGGUCCCUCAUCGACGUCCGCGGUGAGCAUCGCGGCAUGGAGAAUCCAGAGUUCUGGAGCAUGGGCCACUUCGAGACUAGUCACCUGAACCUGUACCGCAAGAAAAAUCGAGAGAUGAAGGCCAAGUCCGUGCACGAGUCCACCGGAAUCCGCGACGAACAGCGUCUCCGCGACGUGACCAACCGCAUGACGUCAUACCAGAGUCCGGGCCAGGCGAAACGGAAGCAGCUGCCCCGCACCCCGAGCGACAUCGACCGCGAACGCCUGAGCAUCGAACGAUUCAGCAAACCGUACAUGCCCAUGACCAGCCGGAUCUCCAUGGACCCGAGUUACCCUCUGACCGGGACCAACCGCUUUCGCGCCCCGAAGGAGAGCCUGAAGCAGAAGAUCAAGCGACACCUGAGCAACGCCGGGGUCAUGAAGGUGAAUCGAUCCAAGAGUUUCCUGACUCCCUAUCCCAACGGAUAUCUCACGGACGUCGUGACGGGUCCGGUCCGACCCGUCCCUCUUUCGUCAUCGGAAACGUCCUUGCAUCUUGCGGGCGGAGACACCCGGCAGAUGCUCCGUACCGGCAGACCCAUGGACACCUCCGCCACGGACCUCCGCCAUGCGGGUCGCCCGGUGGACCUGGGUCGCCCGGUGGACCUGGGCCGCUCGGUGGACCUGGGCCGCCCAGUGGACCUCGUUCGCCCGAUCGACCUACGCCACCCGGUGGAGUUGCAACCAAUCGCCCCAUCAGAAGCGAGGCGACCUCGAGGGAAGAACGCAGACAUGAGCACCAACACCCUUCCUCCCCACUUCUGGGGUCGCAGGGGAAACGAAGUUGUGAAGAGGUCGGCAAGCGUCUUCCUCGGGAACACUCCACUGCCUGGAGAGAGGAGCACAUCACCGGGUCCACGGGUGAAGAACAUUUUCCGCGGACUCCGCCGUCGGAAAAUGUACAGCCUGGAACACACGUGAAAUCCCCUCCGACUUUCCUCAUAUCCUACGUUUUUUCCCCCAAUCAUCGACAGCUCAAUACCUGUGAUGGAUUUCUUUUCAUUUUACUCUGUCGUAUUCCCUUACGGUCUUGGUGCUGCUUUGCGUCAACGACAGGAGAGCGUUAUCGUAUCCUGUUCUCAGGGGAACAGUGUUGCUUGCUGUUCCUGGCGCUCCUCCUCAUUCCCUUUCGAAACAGAGGUUUUAGGAUUAUACUUUAUAUUCAUUCGUAUUGAAUAAAGUUGUG